AGAUACAUGACGUAAUUGUUCCCAUGUCAGGGCAUAGACUUCGGACUCGACAGAGUUAGCAUGCAGUUUAGCGUCGACAUUUUUAAGAGACGAUUCCUGAAAGUUUAUGGUUUCCCCCUUGUGUUUUAACACUUAACGUUAAACGAAACAUUAACGUAAACAUGUCGGUAGGCCACAACUGUGCUGCGAAAGUUUGGUUAUGUGGAACAGCUCGACUUGCAAAAGAUCGGAAUGUAACGUCAUUAAGGUGCUAGCAACUGUAAUGGAAUUUCUUAAUAACGAAAACCAGAUUCAUAACGAUUCUUCUUCACUAAGGUGAAAUAAUAACCUUUCCACACUGCUGAGAACUAAAAGAAAGGGAAAUUUAUCUGUUGUCCUAACGUUUGAAAACGUUUAUUUGCUCGAGAAAAUAUAUUUACAAAAACGCAACUUACAAUUUUUAGAAGCCAGUAAAUAUAUCCCUUUUCCCUCACAGUUUGUUUCUUGUUUUCUCUCGACGCCAAAUAAAAUCCAAAUUGUUUCCUCCUGUAACAGCAGAGUUUUUUCACUAUUAAAGCAACGUAGAUUAAAAAAAAAAGUUUUUCGUCUAUUUACGUUCUUUUUACUUGCUCAGACAUAGUAAAACCCAAAUACCUCAAUGCCUUCAGAUAUUUGGCCUAUCUUAACCCUGCAAAUCGCUGUGAAAUACAUGGCGGAGGGUACUUACCACUGUAUCACAUGUUAUAGUUUCUUCCCGACCCAAUCGCGUACAGAGUGCGAAAGAACGAUUGCCGGGAUGUCUGUGCUCGAGCUUUAGUUAGCAUAAACUUGUUUUCGCGAUGCACAUCGCAGCAAUAGAUUCAUCACUCAAUACACACAAACCUAUGACCGUUCGAGUUGCCCGUCGUUAUAUACGGCAUCGAAGUUUACCACAUGACUAACGUACUGAGCAUAAGUAAAGCAUAGGUAAAGUAUAAAUUAGGAAUUUGACGACCACAAUAUUAUUGCACGUGGGAGUGAGGGCGCUUCAGUCGGCCUAUUUUGAGUUUUUAUCGUGAUAUUUUACGAGGAUACGCUGAAACACUUGAUAGUAUAUGCACAACAUUAUUAAAAUCUUUCAUAGUACGAUGCAUCUGCCAUAUUCUCUGCUAUACUUGAUAAUUGUAACGCCACCGUAUGUUUCCAAUAACGGCCACGCAAAACCAAGUGCAGUAAUCUCGUGGUGGGGUAGUACCAAAUAGUCUACAAUUAUAGGCUAUUUGGUAGAAUCCACGCAACCAUUGCGCUAUGUCAGGAUAGCUAAAUAACCAUCAAAAAGACGCAAAAUAUCAAAAUCAAUUUCUCAUGAAUAAGUGCGGCGAGAAUAGGACAACUUCCGAUGUUAGCAAACGAAGCCACCGUCCGCCGUUAGCAUCAAUGUCAUAAUUCUAUCGUUUCCGAGCAUGCGCAGUUUUCAGCACACUCGCCACAAUCAAUUGACUAUUGACGUCACUGACCCACUUGUGACGUCGUUGGGAGGAUAAUUUACACGCUACUCUACAACGUGCACCUACCACAAGUGAUCUUUAUACACAUUGAUGUUACUCGUGUAAACCUGAACCGAGGGCACAUAGUGAUAUAGUUAUGACGUAGCUUAUUUCUUGCACUUAGGACGAGGCAUAGGUCAUUUUUUUCUAUUAAACUGAUAUAAAUACGUGUGGGCUCCUGUGUUUAUCGAUAUGGAAUGGAACAGAAAAUCCAUUCAGCUUCUCAUUCAAGCAUACAAAGACGAACCCUCACUCUUCGAUCACAGGCACCCCCAAUAUCAUUUGAAGGCCAAUAGAAAGGUAAAACUUGCAAAAGUUGCACAAAGGGUUGGGGAGGUGCUACCUGGAGUUACAGCCAAUGACUGCAAAAGCAAAUUUGCAACCUUGCGGUCACACUAUGGCGCUGAACUUAAGAAGAUGCGAACCGGCAAGGAAACCGGAGUAGUUUACUCACCCACUGUGUGGUGGUUUCCACUGAUGGAGUUUCUGAAAAACCGAAUUGUACCCAGAUCGUCACACUCAAAUAUUCCCGAAAGAUUUUUUUCAUAUAAGCCCCAGGCAGUAUCCAUGGAUUCCAGUCACUCCUCUGACCUAAUGGAUUGUUAUAAUCUUUCAGAUGGACCUCAGUUGCAGAUAGUGGAAUCCAGAAGUACAGAGGACACUGCAGACAGUGGCAGUGACAAUCACUCAGAGUUUUCCGCAGAAAUCGUUGAAGUGAAAACUGAAAUUGAUGUGAUGCCCUCAGAGUGUGUCACCACUGAGACACAAGAUGCUCCAGAGCCACCAGAAACACAUCACCUGUAUGCAGAAACACAACGUCAUUAUGAAAAGCCUUCAAAGCGACAAAAGAAAGAUGAUGAUGAUACGUUGCUCUUAUCCACAUUGUCAGUGUUGGAGAAAGUUAGUUCAUAUUUAGAUCGAACAACUGAAGAUGACACACUGGGGAAAUUUGUGGCAGAAGAGUUACGAAAAAUGGACAAUUACAUUUGCAUUAAGACAAGAGCAAAACACCGAAUACUCCAAGCCAUAAUGGAUGCACAGAUGGAGAUAAUUCGUGAAAUACAGAAGACAAAGAAAAGUAACGUGGAAUGUUCAAACUGUACAAAAUAAAUGAAAUUAUUUUAAAAUAAUUAUUUAAUAUGUCCCAUCACCAAGGUUCGUAUUCGGUGGUAAUAAAACGAUCGAGAAAAACUG